AUGCAGGAAUUGCUGGGCAGCAGCUGGAGGAAGUUUGGCCACGCCGGCAGGGGGACAUACGAGUGGCUACCCAGCGAAGCAAGCCUGCGUCUUCCAGAGACCCAGCUGCAGGGCACCCAGCAAGUGAGCUCCUCCCAAGCCGAUGCCGAGCCCUUCCUGUGCAUCCUUCUCCCAGCCACCGUCCUGCUCUUCCUGGCCUUCCUGCUGCUGUUCCUGUACCGCCGCUGCCAGGCCCCGCGCGCCCGGGCCCCGGGGCUCAGCGUGGACCUCGCAGAGCCCCUGGGCCCAGGGGAGGUGACCGACUUCCUGCCUGGCCUCUCGUGGGGCAGCGAGCAGAGCGUCCCCUACUCCCCGCUCCCCGCCCACCGGGCCCUGCCCUCCUCCUCUGCCGCUGCCGGCCUGCCACCCUCCUACGAAGAGGCCACCAGGGCCCCCACUGGGGAAGAGGCCUCUGAUGUGGCCCCUCAGUACCAAGAACGGGCACCUUGA